UUAGUUUCUCCCCUACUGUUGACAAAAAAUUUAAUGCAAAUUACGUUAAAUAAAAUGUCUCUCUAUCUUCCUUGUUAACAAAAUUAAAUCUUUCACAAGGAAUAGAGAGAAAGAGAGAGAUUUUAUUUUUGAUAUGUAUAUUUUGGAACUGCCGUUUUCACGUACCGAAAGGCUUUGAUCGAUAGUUAUCUUUCGCUAGGCGAAUCUUAAUUCCGGUUAGCGGAUCUCUACUUCGCUUUGGCGAUUUUUGGUGUGGGUUUUCAAUUCUCAAUCUGAGGUUCUGGGUUUUCAUGUUUUAUUAUGAUUGGGAUUGAAAAAUAAAUCUUUUCCUUCUCUUCGCUGGGCUAAAAUUCAUCCCGUUGAUGCUUGAGUUUGAUUCUUAUCUUCUUUGCCGGGAGCACAGAUCCCUUUUCUAUGAGGCUUGUUAUCUCUUAAUUAUUAGGAGUUUAUAAGUCAACAAUAGUGGAGCAUCUCAUAUGGAAAGGACGAUGGUGAUGUAGGACAUGUAUGACUGAAUUUAAGAAAGAUUCAGAAGAAUUGGCAUCUUCUAUGAAGAUGGUCCAAUAAAGGGUCUUCCUCUUAAUUCAAUUAAUGUUCCUCUGUUUAAAGUCACCGGCGGUUGUAUGAGUAUCAAGCCUCAAGCAACGGUUAUUAGCGAAAGUUUUAAAUAUGAGGAGUACAAUAUCCAGGCGAAUUUGAGGAUUAAAGAUGAGAACAUGAAGCUCUGUUGUCGGAAGCUGCAGGAUCUUCACCGGCGGUGAACCGAAGGAUCAAGACUUGCAUGUUUCAGUUAUGCCACGUGGAUGAUAGAUAGUUCGCUGAUCUACACGUGUAUCAUAUGUAAUCGUGUUAAGCGGUAAAAUUGUACUCUUUAUAUUUAAUAAAAUAUGAAGUUGACAAAAAAAAAAAAAAAAAAAAAAAAAAAAAAAAAGAAGAGGGUGUUCCUAAGAAACGGCGAUUCUUCUUUAACACCUUGACUCUUCUCUUUCUCCCUCUUUCUCCAACCAAACCCCAAAGCAGAGAUGGAGAGACGAACAAGAAGAGUAAAGUUCACAGAGCAUCACAAGGUGACACCUGUUCCGACCAAACCGUCUAACGACUCUCCGAGAGUGGUCCGAAUCGCUUAUACUGAUCCUUUCGCAACCGACUCAUCAAGCGACGAUGAAGACCACAACGUCACGGUUGCUCCGAGAGUGAAGCGAUACGUGGAGGAGAUUAGAUUCGGCGAAACCAAAUCCUCCUCCUCCUCUUCGAGAAAAGCUAGAAAAGGCGGAAAUGAUGACGUGUCAGCGAAUCCUGUAAAGUACAGAGGCGUGAGGCGGAGGCCGUGGGGGAAAUUCUCGGCGGAGAUCAGAGAUCCGUCGUCUCGUUCUCGGGUGUGGCUAGGGACUUUUGAGACGGCGGAGGAAGCUGCUAUGGUUUACGAUCGAGCCGCGAUUAACUUCAGAGGCCAUAACGCACAGACGAAUUUUCUAACUCCUCCGCCUCCUCCGCCGUCCUCGCCGGUGAUCGAUCUAGAAACGGUGUCGGGAUGCGAUUCCGGGAGCCAGAGCCUCCGUUCUCCGACGUCUGUUCUCCGGUUCAACUUCAACGAGAAAACAGAGGUUGAGAUCGAACCUAUCGAGCUAGCCACGGAGGUGGAGGCGGCGAGCUUGUUCCCGGAUCCGUAUUCGUUGCCGGAGUUAUGCCUCGCCGGGGAGUACUUUUGGGAUUCGGAGACUCCUCCGGAGCCUUUGUUUCUGGAUGAUGAAAUCGAAAUCCGUAAACCGUUAGUAAACCCGGUUAUACCGAAAGAAGAGAACGAACCGGAAGAUUUCUCGUUCGAUUUGAGCGAAGAUUCAUGGGAUGUAGACAAUUUCUUCGAGAAUGAUUGAUUAAAAAAUAUUGAUCUUUGCCAG